UGCCCUCUUGCCGCCUUCUCCUCAACGUCUGGAGGAGCAAGGGGAGGAACUUUGACCAGUUCAUAGCAAAAUAGCGUUUAGCACAUAUACUUUUUUGUAUUUUUCAUAGUGGGUUGUUUUAUUUCAUAUGAAAAGAGAUGUGGUUUAUUUAUUUAUUAAGCUGGCUGUCGUUGGUGAUACAAAUAUCAUUCGUUACCCUUGCAAUUGCUGCUGGUCUCUAUUACCUUGCAGAACUAAUAGAGGAAUACACAGUCGCCACCAGUCGGAUUAUUAAGUACAUGAUCCUGUUCUCCACAGGUGUACUAGUAGGACUGUAUGUGUUUGAGGGGUUCCCUAUGUUUAUGGUAGGGGUGGGGCUCUUCACCAAUCUGGUGUAUUUUGGCCUGCUGCAGACUUUCCCCUACAUCCUGCUUAGCUCGCCAAACUUCAUCCUGUCCUGUGUGCUGGUGGUCCUAAAUCAUUAUUUGGCCUUCCAGCACUUUGCAGAGGAAUACUACCCCUUCUCAGAGGUACUGGCAUACUUCACCAUCUGCCUAUGGGUGAUCCCCUUCUCCUUCUUUGUGUCGCUAUCCGCGGGGGAGAACGUGCUGCCCUCCACCAUGCAGCAAGGAGAUGAUGUGGUGUCCAACUACUUCACCAAGGGCAAGAGGGGCAAGCGCUCCGGCAUCCUUCUCAUCUUCUCCUUCAUCAAAGAGGCCGUUUUGCCAAGCCGGCAGAAGAUGUACUGAGCCCCUCUAUAGGGCAGUAGCGUGUGUGUGUGUGGUGCGUGGGCGGGUGUGUUUGUACAGGUAGGUGAAGGUGGGAGGAAGGGUAGUUCAGAGAGGUAGUUCAGCCACACAAGAGGCAGAAGCUCCUCCUCCUUCUCCCUGGGGUAAAGAGGAUCGACCAAGAUGGACAGCACCAAUUGUGAGGGGAGGGGGAGGGGGGGUCAAGAGGUCACAAGGACGUGGAGGAGAGAGGUCCCUAAAGAGAAGUGACUCUAGUGCCAUGCUGCCAAUCGGCCAUCUUCUGGACUCAUCUCACUGCCACGUGACGACUGCUGCCAAACUCGCUCAUCAAGACGCUGCCCCUGCCCCCCCCCCCCCCCCCCCCCCCCCCCCCCCAAACACCCCCUGCUAGCAGAGACCCUCGCCCUUCAGCUACCACAAGUCUCCAUGUGUCACUUUUAUAUGGCUUGAUUGUUGGGGUUUAUGUGAUUAAUCAGAGGAUGCGUGUGUGUGUGUGUGUGUGUGUGUGUGUGUGUGAGACAAAAU